CUGAUUUGUUUAUAAGUACACAAGUGCCUUGGAUCUUUAGCUUUGAAAGAUUAGAUCAAGUGCUCCCCUUUCACUCUCUUGAUCAUCCUUUACUUAAAAAAAUGUAUGGUGAAUUCAUUUCAGGCUGAAAAGCGCGAUUUCUUUAAAUCUUACUUUUGUUUUUCUCCAGAAAAUAAUCGAAAAUCAAAAUCAGAGGCAAGAAAUAUUCCAUAUUCUAGGUGAGGGAGUUAUGAAAGUGCAAAGUAUCAUGUGAUUUACUUCACAAAGUAAUUUACAUGCACCUAACAGUACGUGUAGGAAGUAUAUAUCACAUGCAGUCUCAACAAGAAACCAGAUUGAUCUAUUUACGCUCUUAUCAACUUCAUUAUUUGUGAAAUUUAUACUUAGUAAAACAGAAUUAUUACCUAGAAAUGGAGAACAAGGGGUCAUCCUCCGGACUAAUGAGGGCACAGUCGGAGCAACUAGUGGAGCCGAUAUCAGCUACAAUGAAGUCACCGCGGGUGUCAAGUGACUGGGGGGCCGCUGAAAUGGAGGGCAGCUCAAGAAAGUCUAUGAGCAGAGGAGGAAUUAGUGCAUCACCUGGAGGUGGUGGUAGUAGCAGCAGCAGGCACAUAAGGCAAACAAGGUCUGCUCAAAUGAAAUUUGAUGUCGAUGAAUUAAACAGCGGUGCUACUCUGAGCAGAGCUUCAAGUGCUAGCAUGGGAUUUUCGUUCACUGCCUUCACUGUUCGUCCUAGUGACAUUGCUGAUUCAAGGCCCUUUAGUGACGACGAUGAUGAUGACAUUCCAGAAGAUAUUGAGGUUGGUACGCUAAAGAAGAAGAUUCAAACAGAGACAACCUUGCCAAUUUACCUCAAGUUCAAGGAAGUGACCUACAAGGUAAUCAUUAAAGGAGUGGCAUUCUCAACAGAGAAAAAUAUAUUACAUGGAAUAAGUGGUUCGGUGAAUCCAGGAGAAGUUCUGGCACUUAUGGGACCAUCAGGAAGUGGGAAAACUACACUCUUGAGUGUUCUAGGAGGCAGGGCUGUCGAGACCAACCAAAGGGGUUCAAUUACUUACAAUGAUCAGCCAUAUACAAAAUUUCUAAAGAGCAGAAUAGGAUUUGUGACACAAGAUGAUGUACUGUUUCCUCAUCUUACAGUGAAGGAAACAUUAACAUAUGCAGCUCUACUGCGUUUACCCAAGACACUAACAAAACAGGAGAAGGAGCAACGGGCAACAGAUGUUAUCUCUGAACUUGGAUUGGAGAGGUGUCAGGACAGCAUGAUAGGUGGCUCGUAUGUCAGGGGAAUUUCAGGCGGAGAGAGGAAGCGUGUCUGCAUAGGAAAUGAGAUAAUUAUCAACCCUUCCCUUUUGCUUCUUGAUGAACCCACCUCUGGAUUAGAUUCUACAACUGCUUUGAGAAUCAUUCAACUAUUACAAGAUAUAGCAGAGGCUGGGAAAACAGUGAUUACCACUAUUCACCAACCAUCUAGCAGGCUUUACCACAAGUUUGAUAAAUUGAUCCUUCUUGGCAAAGGGAGCAUGCUUUACUUCGGCAAGGCAUCAGAAGCCAUGAUAUAUUUCUCAUCCAUAGGAUGUUCUCCACUGAUUUCCAUGAAUCCUGCUGAAUUCCUGCUGGAUCUUGCAAACGGAAACUUGACUGAUGUUUCUGUCCCAGGUGAAUUAAAAGACAGAGUGCAACUAGGGAAUUCAGACAGAGAAAGCAAGAACAGGAAACCAUCUCCAGCAAUGGUGCAUGAGUAUCUUGUGGAGGCCUACGAGAUGCGUGUAGCUGAAAAUGAGAAGAAGAAUCUUAUGUUUCCCGUACCCAUUGAUGAAGUAACUAAGUCAAAGGUUUAUUUUGAAAAGCCAAAAUGGGGGGCAAGCUGGAGGAAACAGUUUUGCAUAUUAUUCUGGAGAGGUCUCAAAGAACGACGGCAUGACUACUUUAGCUGGUUAAGACUUAGCCAGAUUGUUACAACUGCAAUUAUUGUGGGGUUGCUUUGGUGGCAAUCUAAUGGCCAUAAUGCAGAAAAACUGCACGAUCAGGCAGGUUUAUUGUUCUUCAUUGCUGUCUUCUGGGGAUAUUUUCCAGUUUUCACAGCAAUAUUCACAUUUCCGCAGGAAAGAGCUAUGCUGAAUAAAGAACGAGCAGCUGACAUGUACAGACUAAGUGCAUAUUUUGUGGCUAGAACUACAAGCGACCUGCCACUUGACCUUCUACUGCCAUUACUUUUCCUAAGCAUAGUCUAUUUCAUGGCAGGCUUGAAACAUAGUGUCAAAGCAUUUUUCCUUACCAUGCUUAUAGUCUUUCUCUGCAUUGUUGCAGCACAGGGGCUAGGAUUAGCGAUUGGUGCUGCACUGAUGGACUUGAAGAAGGCAACUACACUGGCCUCUGUCACAGUAAUGACCUUCAUGUUGGCUGGGGGAUACUUCGUUAAGAAUGUUCCAGUGUUCAUAUCAUGGCUCCGCCAUAUCUCAUUUAAUUAUCACACUUACAAACUCCUACUUAAAGUGCACUAUGAAGAUGUCAUUCAGCAGAUGGAUGGAAUGAAAAUAGACAGUGGAUUAACUAAUAUAUGUGCCUUGGUAGCCAUGGUUUUUGGCUACCGUCUCUUGGCGUACCUAUAUCUGCGAAGGAUGAAGCUCCUAUAAAAAAUGAUUAAUUACCACUCUAAUGGAUAAUGAUCAAUGAUGAGCAGCCCUGCAAAGACAUGAAGCCAGAAGCCAAACCUAGAGCAGUGAUUAUACACAAUGUACUAGUCUUCAUCAAGACUUCCAAUAAAACAGUAGUAUUGCACUAAGAGAUCUGAUUAGACAUAUUGUAACUCAGUGUUCAAAAAUCAUAGUCAAUGUGAGAUUUGUCUUGACAGAAUCAUAGUAGAAUGUGACAGAAUGUGAUUUAAACGUCCAAUUAUUAAGAAAUUGUCUU